GACAGCAGUGAUGACAUUGAGGACGUGUCUCUCUUUGAUGCAGAUGAUGAUGUAUCCAGGAGAUCAAAAAAGUCAAAAAUAAGGCAUCCAGUGGCAUCAUUUUUCCACUUAUUCUUCCGAGUCAGUGCGAUAGUUGUCUAUCUGCUCUGUGAGCUCUUAACUAGCAGCUUCAUUGCCUGCAUGGUGACAAUUAUCCUCCUCUUGUCGUGUGACUUUUGGGCUGUAAAGAAUGUCACAGGGCGGCUGAUGGUAGGUCUUCGCUGGUGGAACCAAGUGGAUGAUGAUGGGAGAAGUCACUGGGUAUUUGAAGCCAGGAAGGUAUCAGCGCAAGGGAGUAAAACCUCAUCAGAAGCAGAGUCCCGAAUUUUCUGGUUAGGUCUAAUUACCUGUCCUAUGAUCUGGGUGAUAUUUGCUUUCAGCGCUCUCUUUUCUUUCAAAGUGAAAUGGCUGGCAGUGGUUGUGAUGGGAGUGGUGCUUCAGGGAGCCAACCUUUAUGGUUAUAUCAGGUGUAAAGUUGGCAGCAGAAAGAACUUGACAAGCAUGGCGACCAACUAUCUUGGGAAGCAGUUCUUGCGGCAGACUGUGGCUAAAGAGGACCAAACAGCAUCCUGAGUACAGUGGAAGCCUCAAGCCAGCCUGGAUUCACAGUAGUGGACAACAGAGAAUGUUGCUCUGACCACGAGAUUUGGGAGCUGCAUACGUUGACAUGUGAAUUAAAAGAAGUAAAUAAAUUGUGCAAGACUUCAGGUUAACGCUCCUAGCAACUUCUAUUCGAUUUUCCACUAGCAGUUUGUGUUUCAGUCCUUUCUUUAGUUUGAUUAAUUAGAAUUAAUUUGUCUAAACUUUAAUUAAACAAAUAUCCUAGGUGGCUCUCAUUCAGGUUUAGAACUACUGGAUGAAUUAAGAGGAAAUUGCUGGACGUCCUUCUUCAGAAAACCCAUGCACAAGCCAAGCCUUGUUGUCCAAGAACUCCCCCGACUCCUCCAGCAGUUGGUGCCUCAGAUAGUUUCAGUUGUGGACUUUGCUGCGUUUUGUUCUUGGAGGUUGUUGCCGCUUCUGUUAUAAGUUUAGAUAGUGCUCUUUUGGCUCCGCACCCCUCUCAUUCUGUGAUUUGAAUGGUGCUGAGACGUUGCAAUGAAGGACAUCUAAAGGAAAUGUUGCUGUU